AUGCUCAAAAGCUGCUUGGCUGCCGAAUGGGCUUGCUACGGUCUUCGCACCAACAGUAUAAGCCCUGAGUAUAUGGAUACAAUUCUCAAUGAAGGCGAUGGAAUUGCCACGCAUCGCAAGCUUUGGGCUGAGCGGAACCCCAGUGGUCGAAUGGGUAGUCCGUCAGAGCUGACGGGAACAGUCGUGUUACUAGCGAGUACCGCAGGUGCCUAUAUAAAUGAUCCGGAUAUUGUGGUUGAUGGCGGUGCCAUUGUGUUCUAG